UUAAUUCAAUCGCGUUUUUUAACUUAUAUAAAAUUUGCGUGUGAAAAGUGUUUUUCAAUGGAGGGAGAUCACGUAGGUACAUCAAGAGGAAAUACAGAGUUUUAAAUGAUCGUAAUUAAGUGAAAAUCAAGAGAUGAAACCAAUUAGGUUAAUGUAAACAUUUGCCAAAUUAUUUGCAGAUCUAUGGAGAUGCUGAAAGAAUCGGUUGAUCCAUUGAACGUGACGGUUUCUAGUGACAUUUUUUGAAGAUGUUAUUUUAAACAUUUGGUCAACAAAAGCUCGAGAUGGUCAAUGGUUCUCCCCCUACAGCAAAAUAUUCAACAUAUUUUACUGCUUCCAAUUAUUUCGCUAAUUUCUCCACGGUUGCAGCAUCACCAUCACGAAGAUCAUCAGAUAAACCCGCAGGUUAGACUGCAAGACUCACCGUUGAGAAUCUUGAAACUAUCAUUGGAUUUCCAGGCAAAUUGAUCAUCAAAAUGUUCUCUUCUAAUUAUUUAACAUUCGUUUUUUUGAUUGUGAUACUUUUCAAUUUAACUGGACAGUUAUGUCAGUUAGUUGAUUCGCCUUUAAUUAUCGAACCUUCAUCAUCAUCAUCUUCUAGUGAUUCACCAGUAAUAAGUAGUGAUUUAUCAUCUUCUUCAUCACCUUCAGAAUCAUCAAUCGAUUCAACAUAUGAAGAUACCAAACAAUCAGAUGAUAAUCAUCAUGGAUCUAAAAAGAAACGCUAUCAUCCAGCUCGUCAUCUAGUAAGACCUUUUUGGUUGAAUCCUAAAUACACUUGGAAAGCUUUCCAAAUGAACUCAUCUCGAAACGAAGCCAAAGAUGAGGAGAUCAGAAAAAUUCGUGAUAAAAAACGUUCCAAAUUACGAAAAUUAGCUGAUAAGAUGAAAAAAGCAGCUUUAAUCUCGAAAAAAUUGUUCCUUCUUCUAAACGACAUCAGUAUUAAUCUUGAUCCAGAAUUAGUAUAACCAAUUCACUUAAUCCUCACCAAAUUACAAUCCCACAACUUUUUCAUUCAAUUAACUUCUUCUAUUUUUCAUAAUAUCUCACUAACUUAAUUAUCGGAGAUUAAUCCAAAUUGCCGAGACUUUUAUUGGAAAAUUAUUCCUUAAUUGUGAAUGGAAGCUCUGAAAAUCAACAAAUCUAAUUCUGAUUUACUCUUUUGUUCUUACACUAAAUUAACCAUAAUUCGCAAAAGAAAGGCCAUCAAAUCUAAUUAGUGACCAAAAAUCACAAUUCUGCCUUCUCAGUGGGAAAUUUUUCUUCCAAUUAAUCAACUAACUAUCGGUUAUAUUUGAUGUUUGAGUGACCAGGAGCCGAAAUCUAAUCCCUGAUUCUUGACGGACAUAAGUUGACCAUAAGCUAAUUUUGUGGCUCGAGGUUUGGAAAUGGUUAAUCUCAUCUAAUAAUCAUCAACUCAAUCACUAGCCUAUUUUUUAAUUGUGACACAAAAAUAAUCAAUAAUCAAGUUAAAAUUUAAAUUGUUCACCUUCUCAUCAUCUUGGAAAUUUACAAUCACCAAUUGGACAGACCAAUCUUGUGAGUUGCGACUAUGGCAACUAAUCAAUGGAAAAUCAAAUCAACAAUUUAUCAAACUAAAAACCUUCAAUCAAGUUAAA